GUUGUCUACAUUCAUUCAUUUUUUAUUUGAAACAGUCUACAUUCAUUCAUGAAUUUCCAACGAGUUUGUCAAAUUGAUAAAGAUGAAUUAGACGUGCAAAAGAUGGCAAUAACAUAAUACUGCUAAUCAUUCCAGCCAAAUCACACAAGAAAACAAGCGAAGUCCCUCACACACAGCACAUAGUCACACACAUUGUUUUCCUCGUCUUCUUCAUUAUAUAACUCUUCUCAGCGUUCUCUGCCUGGAUAAGGUUCUUGCUGUUCUGUUCUGUUCUCUUGAGAAUUGCAGUGCUUUGCUGAAAAUGGCGGAAGAGAAGACUACCAUCGCUAAUGAUGUCACUGAAUUAAUUGGCAACACUCCAUUGGUAUAUCUCAACCGUAUCGUAGAUGGCUGUGUUGGUCGAAUUGCUGCUAAGCUGGAAAUGAUGGAACCCUGCUCUAGUGUCAAAGACAGGAUAGGAUAUAGCAUGAUUGCAGAUGCUGAAGAGAAGGGGCUCAUUAAACCGGGUGAAAGUGUCCUCAUUGAGGCUACGAGUGGAAACACUGGCAUAGGUUUGGCAUUCAUGGCAGCUGCUAAAGGUUAUAAACUUAUUAUAACCAUGCCUUCUUCUAUGAGUCUAGAAAGAAGAACCAUUCUUCGAGCUUUCGGAGCUGAGUUGGUGCUCACAGACCCAGCCAGGGGUAUGAAGGGAGCUGUUCAGAAGGCUGAGGAGAUACGGGAAAAGACUCCCAAUUCUUAUAUUCUUCAACAGUUUGAAAAUCCUGCCAACCCAAAGGUCCAUUAUGAGACCACUGGACCAGAAAUUUGGAAGAGCUCCAAUGGGAAGGUUGAUGCUCUUGUUUCUGGGAUAGGGACUGGAGGUACAAUAACAGGUGCUGGGAAAUAUCUGAAAGAGCAGAACCCUGGUGUCAAGCUAUAUGGUGUUGAACCAUCUGAAAGUGCAAUACUGUCUGGAGGGAAACCUGGCCCUCAUAAGAUCCAAGGAAUUGGUGCUGGAUUCAUCCCUGGCAUUUUGGACGUUGAUAUUCUUGAUGAAGUUGUUCAAGUUUCAAGUGAAGAAGCUGUUGAAACAGCUAAACUUCUUGCUUUGAAAGAAGGUUUACUGGUGGGGAUAUCAUCUGGUGCUGCGGCUGCCGCUGCAAUUAAGCUUGCAAGGAGGCCAGAAAAUGAUGGAAAACUCAUUGUUGUGGUCUUCCCAAGCUUUGGAGAGCGUUAUCUUUCAUCUGUGCUCUUUGAAGCUACCAAGCGAGAAGCAGAGAGCAUGGUCUUUGAGCCUUGAAUCAGAAAAAUCAUCAAUCUUUUGCUGCUUAGUCUCAGUUUUAUUUUCUCGUUGGUUCUUGUGAAAUAAUAUUAUCAACUUGCUCAAGUUGUUAGGAAGCGUGCUCAUAAACAUUGAUUAUUUAGCAGAUCAUGAAUGCCAAGAACCGAUCCUGUACUUGUAUUA